AGCUGCUGCGUACCUAGCCUGAUCCUAACAUAACCUAACCUAACCUAAUCUGACUCGAAGCUGGCUGUCAUUCGGCGAGUGUCCAUCCUUCCCAAUUCUACUUCCAAUAAAGAUUGCGAUUCAAAAUUAAUGAGUUGUACAUAAAAGAGGAGGUGUCGUCAAAAAAAAAAUUAUGAAGUGUUGAAAUGGCCACUGCAUGCAGGAAUAUACUAAGGGGACAUUCAAUCAAGAACUUGAAUCGUUACAGCCAAGUUUUAGUCGCUAAAUAUGGUCAUCUGAGCGAGAAUCCAACGGCUGGAAUUAUCAUUAUCGGAGAUGAGAUAUUGAAAGCCCAAGUCAAAGACACCAACUCCAAUUACAUAUGUAGGCUAUUGUAUAACUGUGGAGUUAAAGUGAAAAAAAUUUCAGUAGUUAGUGACGAGGUUGACCGCAUUGCAGAGGAGAUGGUUAAUUUUUCCGAGAAAUACACGUACGUUAUAACGUCUGGCGGAAUUGGGCCGACACACGACGAUGUUACCUUUGAAGCACUUGCAAAGGCGUUCAACGACUCGCUGCACCAUCAUCCGAAACUUGUCGAAGUUGUGAAAACGUUUUCUUCCUCCCAAGACAUCUCUUCUCCUGGGUAUAAACUGGCUUAUAUACCUAUGUCCGCCUCACUGACGUUUGGUAAAAGUCAAGAAACUGGUGAAAGAUUGUUUUACCCAUGUGUCAGCGUAAAAAAUGUACAUGUUUUUCCUGGCUCCCCAAUUUUCUUGCAUAAAUCGUUUGGGAACGUGUAUAAGGAAUUAUUCGCGACUGGUAGAAAUUUCGUUACCAAGGAAAUAUACCUUGGAGUUAGGGAAGAGCUGUUUGCCGAUGCCUUGUCUGCCGUCUCCAAAGAAUUUUCCAAUGUCACAUUUGGCUCUUACCCAACCUCAAAUCACAGCUACUAUCAUGCACGGGUUACUGUGGAGAGCAGCAGCGAAGAUGAUACCAAUAAAGCAGUGGCAAGGUUCAGAGAUUUGGCCCCUGAGAAUGCAAUCGUGAAUUAUGACAAUGAUCCGUUGACAGAUGCUCUACGAAAAUUCAAGGCAUUCGUCGCUGUCGACAAGCAAGGUCCAAUCUACGAAGCGACCUUAACAACUCUCAAGGAAAUAUACAGCAAUCCCUCAAAUGUAGCUGUCUGCUUUGAUGGCAGCAUAGAAAGCACGGUGUUGCUCCAUCUCGUACACGUCAAUAAUCUACUCGGAGCAAAGGCCAAGCUUCAGGCUGUUCAUUUGAAACUCGAAAAUCCCGUCGCGGAUGUUGACGAAUUCAUUAAAGAGACCGUAGUCAGGUAUGAUGUUAAUUUACAUCAUUUGGAUGGCUCUGCAAAGGCAGCUAUUGAAAACCUUGCUGUACUAAGGCCAGAAAUCGAAACUCUGUUGCUCGGCCUGAAAGGAGACAAGCUCGAAGGAGGGCUGUGGCACGAAUUUGCUAAAAGUGGAAGUAUCGGUCAGAUUCGCUUGAUCUCCCCACUGACAAAGUGGAGCUAUAAAGACGUGUGGAAUUUCGCUCGAUCUCUGAGUUUGCCUUACUGCAAACUUUAUGACAGAGGAUACACAUCGCUGGGUAGUCAGACGGACACAGAACCAAACCCGAAUUUGUUGAAAGGGAAGAUUGGGAAACAGAUGGUGUAUCAUCCCGCUCACAUGCUGGCAGACGUGAAGUUGGAAAGAGCCGGUAGGAUCCCGCAAGAUCACCCCGAAUUGUAAAGGAUCUGAUGCAUGUUUCCGGACAUUUUUUGUUUAAACUUUGGAUUCCGAGUUUCAUGAGAUCCCCAGUCAUGUGUACGAUGCUUGGCAGUGGUUAAAAUAAGAAUGACAUCACGGAAAAGUAAGUUCCGUUUCGUUCGUUCUUUGCCCGCGAAUCAUACAGAGUGCACUUUUGUCUCAAAGAGUUUACUUUAGUGGGAUGGGCGCUACCAUGGUAACAGUCUAAAUGACGUAUCGAUUCCUCAACUUCAAAUUCCGUUUCUCUCUACGACCUUCUUCCUCUCCAAGUACCUUUUUCAUCCUACACCGCUUCUCAUCACAUAUUCAUAACGCUAACUUUUCAAGCACUGAUUCUUUUACCGUUCACGUAAGCUAAAUACUGAAGAACAGUGUAUUUCCUCAUACGUUACGUCUUGUUUGAAAUGAAAAUUAGAUUAUGAAAUCGCAUAAAACAAUGCCACGAUCCGCGGAGACGCGCGUAUGUGUUAAUAAACGAAAUUUGCUCAACGUUUUCUACACAUUGUACCAAAUUGGAAUUGCCAUGUCGUAUAAGCGAAACGGUAUCAUGAAUACGUGAUUUGAACGGAUAAAGGUCGUGGAGAAGGGUAGUUUCGCAAUUAUAUGUAUAUCUGAGCCGAGUGCUUUCGAGUAAGAAUUGCAAACGUGAAUCGUAUCAAAGUUUUUAUCAGGAAAAGUUUUUUCUUCAAAAUUUCAUUUCGUUGAAGUAUUUUCACUUCCCCUCUUUCCACUGUUCCUACUCUUUAAAACUUUGA